CCUGAGUGAGACAUCUGACUUUGUGUGGAGGAAGAAUAUAACUGACAACAUAUCAAUGGCGUACGUGUUUGGUCUCGACGUGAACAGAGAAGGAGACCAGCUGGUCACAGGGGCAACUCUGAGUAUUGGGGCUCAGUCGAGUGUCGUAUGGCUUUCCACGGCGACUGGCAAUCGAACGAGCGUGGCCAUAAAUGCGAAGUUUGUAUGGAGCGUGGCAUUCAAUCCGAAGAAGACGGAACUGUUCAUCUCAGACGUCGCCAGUCCCGUUCGGAUUCUGUCGACGGCGGUCACAGACUCCGGGAGGCUGGACGCCAACGGGAAAUGGAAGGAAGUGUGUAAUCCCUCCACCGGCGACCCGAACAUUACACGCGCUGGAUUCGACUCAAGUAGCUUUCUGCCGGACGAGAGCUGCCUUUAUUUCGCCGACUGGGUCUACGACCGAGUCUGGGGAGUCGAUCCUCGCUCCCCUUCCGCGAGGGCCACUCUUGUGGCCGGGUCGGGCCAGAGGGGGUCCGUCGAUGGCGAUGGUCCCAAAUCUCAGUUAGAUUCCGUGGCGAAAGCAGUAGCGACACCGGACGGAUGUAACGUCUUCGUUACCGCGCUUGGGAGCGGUUUACUUCGGUGGCUGAAGCUGGACGCGCCCUGCAGCAAGGCGACCAGUGUACAGCAGGUCGCCAGAUACAGUGCCGGCGGGUUGUGGGGAUUGGCGCUUCGCCAAGCGGGCAGCGAACUAAGUCUGUUCGUGGGAGCGUCCGAUGGUUCCGUGUUCGAGCUGAUAAUCAACAAUUCGCAGCUCCACUCUUGCGCGCCUACUCCUCCCGUCGUCGAUCAGUCCGCCUUCCCAGCUUCCUCGGAUAUGCCUUCAUCUUGGGAUAAGCUUUCAUCUUCAGAACCUUUCCCCUGGCCUUCAGGAUCUUCGGCGCCUGCUCCUCCUCCUUCUGGCCCUUCGCCUUCAGGACCUUCGGCGGUUGUCCCCACCUCCCAAGGAACUAAUUUAGGUCUCGCGGUCGGGCUGCCCGUGUCGAUCUCAGCCUUCCUGGCGCUUGCCACGUGCCUUAUUGUCCUUGUGUACAGAGCGCGCCGGAAUGGAGGGAAACGGGGGCAGGCUAAAUCAUCGCCGAAUGCAACUGGUAGCUCAACCGUCGAGAUUGGACGUACCACCAAUGGCACUAGGGAGGGGGUUGCAUGCCAGGAGGGCGGGAGAGGUGGGGGASUUCAACCCUUGCAAGUCAGACGAUUCUCGCUGGCAGCUCUGCAGCAUUGCACAGGAAAMUUCAGCAAGAAAUAUCGCAUCGGGGASAGUGGGGCGUUCGGAGAUGUGUACUGGGGCUCUAUCGACGAUCAGGAUUUGGCCAUCAAGGUGAUGACGGGGGAUCUGACGGAGGGAAAGAGAAGCAUGUUCCUGGCAGAAGUGAACACGUUGAGCAGACUCCAUCAUUCCAACCUUAUCGAACUGGUGGGAUUCUGUGACGAGGGGAGUCGGUCGAUCUUGGUGUACCCCUACUUCCAGGGAGGAAGUCUGUACGCUCGCCUGCACCACAGAGAGAAGGCAGUUCCUGGAAGACCUCGUCUCCCUCCUCUGACACUCGUUGAGCGGAUUUGUAUCGCCUGGCAGAUUGCCAGGGGSCUCAGUUACCUUCACGGGGGAGCCGAUCCGCCAGUCAUUCACCGCGACAUCWAGAGCAGCAACGUCCUUCUUGGUGAUGGCGCUGGGGAGAAGCUGCGCGUCGCGCUCGCGGAUUUCGGACUAGCGACCAUCGGAGAAAGAGUGUUUGGCGGGACAACACGCCUCACGGCGGUGAAGACGUCCCACAUGGGCGGGACGUUCGGGUACAUGGCGCCGGAGUACGUGAUGAGCGGAAUCCUGUCGGAGAAGAUCGACGUGUACGCUUUUGGCGUGAUCCUUCUGGAACUGCUUACGGGGCGAAAGGCGGCCACGGAGGCGCCGUCCGGUAACGGAUCAUGGCAAACGUUAGCGGACUGGGCGAGGCCGUUCUUGCGAAGCGAAUUUAUUGCUGGUGGAGGGAUGCCGCAUGCAAUUCUGGACUCUUCCUUGCGUGACGAGGUGGCAGGGCGCGCAUUCCAGCAGAUGACGAUGGAGGCGCUGCGUUUAGCGAGCAACUGUUUGAUGAUGGAGGCUGCUGCGAGGCCAAGGAUGAGCGAGCUAUCGACGAGGCUUGAGGAUCUGUUAGUGGAAGCUCAUGUCAAUAGACGGAGGGUAUGAACAUCUUGCACAUACGGCAUGGACGUGUGGCAUGCUCUCGCUAGCGGAUGCAGAGGGAACCGCAGCAGAGACGCU